CCACGACCGAACGGACUUCUGACAGCACUUCUCCAACACCGAGUCCCUGCGCCUUUUCCCCUGCCAAUAUUCGCCCCCCCCUCCUUUCCACGCUUUGCGCUUCACGUUCGCAAGACGGAUGCGGGUGCCACCCUGGGAAGGGGGAGGGAGGGACCUGCCAUGCGUCGACGUUGGAUGACGACGGAGACGGGCACACACUGACUGACGUUAGCCGAACCGCCCUGUUCGACUCAACUUAUCCGGUCACCUCACCUGCCAUCUCGUUGAGUUGGGUCGGGACCUUUCCGUCAUUGACGCCCACCUUUGCUUAACCCUUCGCUUGUGCUCUUUUUUCCACACCUCCUGCCAACAAUUCUGCCCCCUUCCCCGUCCCAUGUCAUGCGGCCAAUGCUCGAAUACCCCUGCAGGAGCUCAAAUCUCUGUUCCUACCUCACUCGUUCCCCCGAUCCCCUGCCUGUCUCUCCCGCUCAAGAGGCGUCUCCCCUUGGUCUCUCUAGCUGUCGCAUAUCCUCUCAUCAGACAGACGCUACCUCCUUACCUGCCUCACUAGUUGCCCAGUUCUUGUGUGCGAGGGUACUUUUACUACACCUUCGAGUGUCUCUUCACACCCCCAUUACGCCAUCUACUGCCAGGCCUGCCAUUGUCUGCACGGGGCUCGGAUCCUAAGCAGCGCCUAUGUGCUCCACCCUCCGGCUUCCAGUUUGAGCCUUGUGUAGUAGCCCGUACCACUGCUCCUGUUAGCCAGCCUUCGCCUCCUUUCCCUCAUCUUCCCUGCGCCGCGUUUUGGACUCGUGGGGACGAUUCCUCCCCCAAAGCCCGCCAUGGGUGUCUCCAUUAACACCCCCCUCCCCGAGUCCGAGUUCAUCUCCAACUUCAAGGUCCCCCCCUGGUCGAAUCGGCCCCAGCCUGCAACUACAGCCCUGCACAUACAAGACUCGGAAGCUUGGCAUAUAGGCCAUAUUUGUCUCGUCUCUUCCUUCUUAACCCGGAGCCGCGCUCAGUUUCAAUCAUUCCUUUCGCCUUCCCAACCUUUAUUUCUAUUCUAUCCUGUUGCCUCACGCUGGGAGUGUGUCUUCACAUUCAUUCAUUCAUUUCUUUCAAGCUUGCUACGUUUUCAGGUGUCGUGACCAUUCCUUUCGUAUUCUCCUCUUGCUCGCCCUUCGGUCUGGAACCACCCCCUUUCGAACGAAAUUCAUAGUACUUUAUUGGACACCAACUCGGCUGGAAACCCACCCCGAUUCAUCGACGGUCAGGAGACAAGAUGCAGAUUCAGAAGCUCGUUGCCGCCCUCGCCGGCGUGGCUGUCGUUGCCGAGGCCUCAGUUACUUUCCUCGACUCGCCCUUGAGCGCUGCGCUGGCCAAGCGGCAACAGCGAGGCGGAAACAACAAUAACAACAACAAUAACAACAACAACAACAAUGGUGGAAACAACGGUGGAAAUAACAACAACAACAACCUCUGCUUGCAACAGAACGCAGUGCAGGAGGGUUCAGCGCAGGCCGGACAGCCCAACGCGCAACAGGCCAACUCAGCCACUGACCAAGCCAACUUCAUCAACUUCUGCUCUGGAGAGACUCUCACAAAUGGUGAACAGAAAACGGGAGGUUCUUGCAACGGUAUUCCUAUGGGCAAGAUCCCCUCUCAGAACCGGAUGGUCUCUACCAUCAUCCAGAAUCCCCCUCACAACGGCAAUAUCGAGGCCAACCAGGACUUUGACGUCGAAUUGAACGUCCAAAACCUGCAAGCUGGCUCCUUCACUGACGCUCAGUCCACCUACUACUCGGCUCCUCAGGACCUCAACGGCGGAGGCCAGAUCAUUGGUCACGUUCACGUUACCGUGCAGGAUAUGGGCGGCUCCCUUACGCCCAACCAACCCCUGGACGCAUCCAAGUUCGUCUUCUUCAAGGGAAUCAACGAUGACGGCGAUGGAAACGGCAACCUCAAGGCCACUGUUACCGGAGGACUCCCGGCCGGAAACUACCGUGUCUGCACCAUGUCCAGUGCUUCUAACCAUCAGCCUGUCCUGAUGCCCGUCGCCCAACGUGGUGCCCAGGACGACUGCAACAAGUUCACUGUUGGAGGCAACAACAACAACAACAACAAUAACAACAACAACGGUGGAAACAACAACAAUGGCCAGAACAACAACGGUCAGAACAACAAUGGCCAGAACAACAAUGGUCAGAACAACAAUGGCCAGCAAAACAACAAUAACAACAACAACCAGGGACAGAACCAGGGCCAGAACGGAGGGAACCGUAGAGGUAAGCAGAACGGCGGCGGCCGCGGCGGUGCUGGUGCUGGACGAGGCGCAUUCCCUGGUCAAUUCCCUGGUCAAUUCCCUGGCCAGCCCCCUCAAUUCCCUGGAUUCGCAAACCCUGGAUCGGCCACAACACAAUCCCAGACUGGAAAUCCAAAUGCACAGGAAUCCUCAAAUGCUAACGCACCCGGCCAGGACGGGGACGCCGCCAGUAACUCGGACGCGUCGGCGACUCCAUCGGUAGACCCGGCGGCAGCGGCGCCGACUCAAGGCGGAGGCCCCUUGGGCAAUGGCAACAACGGAUCUGGACAGAAUGGCAACGGCAACUCUUCUGGAUCUGAAAAGGGAGGCGCGACCUCGAAUGCUAUCGGCGGAGUCGCGGCCCCGGCGGUCUUGGACUCUGGCGAUAGCAGCCGACCCUUCUCCGUCAACGGCAACUCGUUCGUCUCCAAGGCUAGUGCUGUGCAGCGUGCCUGCGAUAUUCAACGGAACGGCUGUCUCGAUGCUUUUAACGGUGGACGUCUAAAUGGGGGUUCUACGGCCGCCUGUGAUAGUCAGGUCCAAGCCUGCAUCCAGGAGCUCUCUUAAUCUUUGCCAUUCGACAACAAAAACAACCAGGGAUCGGAAUACACCGCGCGGGUCACUUGACACGGAGCUACGACUUUUGAACCUUUUCCCACCACGACGACAAGUCUAAGUGUCUUGGAUUUCUACCUGGGUCACGAUGCAGUGUCCACGGUGUUUUGUUUUCUUUUUGGUUGUCAUGAGAAGAAACUGGCAGGAAUCUGUUGUAGAUGAGAGAAUGAGGUCUGGCGUGGACGGUUUUUCAUGUUGCUUUUCUUUUGUUUGAUGAAAAACCAGCGCUUUACCCGCGUGCUUCGAUACCACUCACAUACACCCACACCCACACACCCAACAUCAUCGACAACAUUUGGCAAAACCCCUCCCCCUCUAUAUUAUUGUUCUAAUGUCAUCCCCUCACCCGUCGAUCUCAUCAUUCAACCCCCGACGACAAAAUCUCACGAUCCGCCUUUCUGUACAUUUAGAGGGAGUUGUUUUUUCCGUUGACAAAGGAUACGCAGCAUGGCCUGGAAAGAAAUGGAAGACACAAUUCCAGUAGAGAGUUACAUGUUUGGUUUGCCUAAUUUGCCGG